GAAGAUUUAACCCGAUUAAAAAGUAAAUCUUGGAAUAUUUUGAAAAUACUUUCAAUACUUUAUACAACACAAGUAUUUUGAAAUAAUAAUGGAACGAAAAUAUGGAAGUGAACAGCAAUACUGUACAGAAACAUAUUUGAAUAAAAAUAUUUCAAAAGAUAAUUUAGAAUUUUGGAUGACACAACUUCCGGAACCAUUAAAAGAUACACCUAUAAUAUAUCUCGCCAUACCCGUGUUCAUUUCAGGUUCUCACAAUACGAUGACUUAUACUAUAGAUCAACGUAACGAUGUAGGUCCAGAUGAGCCUGCGUAUAUCAGAGCAUUGGGUCGUUAUUGUUCGAUUUUGUCAAAGCCUAUUAUUUUUAAGUGGUCUAUUACACAAAAAGAUAAUAUAAAAGAACAAUUAAAUGGCGGUAUAAGAUAUUUGGAUUUACGCGUAGCUACGAAAACGAGGGAUAACAAUAUUUAUUUUCUUCAUGGUUUGUACGGAUCAGAAGUGAUUAAACCAUUAAAGGAGAUUGUAAGUUGGUUGAAUGAUCAUACGAAUGAAAUUAUCAUUAUUGAUUUUCAACAUUUUUAUCGUUUUACCGAAGUGGAUCAUGGUCGUUUGAUUGCGAUAAUAAAUGAUAUUUUUCAUGGCAAAUUAUGUCCAACUUUAGCAUAUUUCAAUCACGUGUCAUUAAAUUGGCUUACUUCGAGAAAGUAUCAAGUUAUUGUCAUUUAUAGAAACGUUUGCGCGAUGAAUCAUUCGUAUUUAUGGCCAAGUGUUUUUUGGCCAACACCUUGGCCAAAUACAGUGCGUGUAGAUCAAUUAGUUAAUUUUUUAAAUGAUAAACUCAAAAAUCGUUCUACCAAUAUUGGUUUUAUAUCCCAAUGUCUCUUAACUCCUAAUAUAUCUUACGUUAUAAAACACCUUUGUGGAGAUUUACAUUCAACAUUGACGCCAAAGUGUCAAAAGGCGACUAUCCUUUGGAUAAAUCUACAAAAAUCUGGACCUAAGGGGGUAAACAUCGUUAUAACUGAUUUCAUAUCUGAACAAAAUUAUUUAUUCUCGAAGACAGUUAUUCAAACUAAUCUUAAACUUUUAAGAAAUUCAUGUAAUUUGUAAUUACUCGUAGAAAAAUGAUUUCAACACAAUUGAAGGAUUUUUUAAAUUUUCUAUAAUAUUAGAAAUCCAUUGGAAAGACGUGUAUUUUCAAGUACAUACGUAUUAUUUAUAUAAUUACAAUAUAUAUGAUAUUUACAAUACUUAUAAAAUUCAUUCAAUGUUAAUAUCUGUUUAACGUAUAACAAAUAUAUAAAUAAUGAGCAAGAAACAUGAGCAUGAUAUUUCAAGAAAGUUUUAUUAAAUAAUGUAGAGUUAGAGUUUUGUCUUUGUUUUUAAAAAUGUAUAUUAAAACACGAUAAAUACAACACGGCGGUAGAAAAAAAGUUA